CAGCCUCAAUGGACACCCAAUCAACAUGUGGCACUUGGCACGGCGGCACCACCAACCCAGACCCACUGGGCACCCAACCACCAUGCAGCACCAGGACAACCUCCAGCUGGACAAUACAGCAUGGAGCCCUGGGGUGGACAAUGACGGGGCCCAGAGGAGCACCAGCACAGCAUGGGAAUGGCAGAACCCAUGCUGUCACUGACCGUCGGUACCCUUGAGAUCCCUUUCCUGGUGGAUACGGGGCUACAUGGUCUACAUUGACAACUGCACUACCAGCCAACAUGAUGAGCAACCAAUCCGUGCAGGUCAGGGGCUUCUCGGGGACUUCAACUUCACUGCCAAAGACCAAACCACUCCAGGUGCACAACGACAUACAGACUGUCUUACACUCCUUUCUGAUUGCACCUCAAGCACCACUGAACAUUUGUGGUAGAGACUUAUUGAUGAAAAUGGGUGUUUCCAUUUUGUGUUCACCUGAUGGCCUGACGCUGACAUGGCUAAGCGGGCAGCAACGCAUAAGACUUUCUGGAUACACCGAGGGCAUGUAUCUCUUGCAGACUGGUCAAGACGAGACUGUGGACAUAUACUGGGGACUGUUGAAUGAUGACCAACCCCACACACCACAAACUCUUGAACUCUUUCAGCAAUGGGCACCGUGGAUCAGAGCAUUGGCACCCUAUGCCCCGCCUGCCGACCCGUACCACGUUACCCUGUUCUAUGACGUAGGGGGAGACAUUACAUAUUAUGACACCUUCCAAUCUGAAUUGCAAGAUACACAGUGGGAGGUCCAAACUAAUGGCCUGUAUUGUGGUCCUGAAGGAGUGGCAGCUCCUGUUACUUUGACACCACAGCAGUACAGCUGGUACAAAAUGGAUGAGACUGCAGCACCACACAUGUCACUGGCUCUACACCCUAAACAUGAGGCUAAGCAAUUAGGACCCAUGGUCAAACGUGCAAAUGCGGCUACAGAUUGGGUACAAACUCAGAUCCCUGAUGUGAUGUUUUCCAUAAGCACAAACACAUAUCACAUCAGAGCUACUAACAUUGAAACUGUUACAAUGGAGCACCAGCUCCUGCCACGCCAUCAUGGCUGUGAAGAUUCUGACCACCCAGACUCCAUUGCCAUGCUGGAAUCUCUACCGGAUGUUUUGUGGUCACAGGGUCCAGAUGAUGUAGGUUUUGUGGAUCAGCCCCAGGUAUCAUUUAACAUGGCCACACCUGAACCAAUUUGGGUACCACAAUAUAGACACAAACCGGAGGCUAUGGCCUCAUUGGACAAAACCAUUCAGGCACUCUUACAGGCCGGGGUACUGGAGCAAUGCCAAUCCGAUUGGAAUACUCCAAUUUUGCCAGUACCUAAAAAAGAACCUGGUCAAUACCGUAUGGCACAUGAUCUGAGAGCUAUAAAUGCGGCACUAGCUACUAGCACCAUACCAGUCCCAAACCCUUACACAACACUAUCAGAACUAGGUCCAGACAUGAAAUGGUUUACUUGUAUCGAUUUGGCUAAUGCUUUCUUUUGUGUACCAUUGGCUGAGCACUGUAGGGACGUAUGUGCAUUUACACACAGGGGUAUUCAGUAUCGAUACAGUAGAUUGCCACAGGGCUUUGCCCUGAGCCCGGGAUUGUUCAAUCAAGCUCUUAGACGUAGUUUGGACUCUUGUAACCUUCCUGAAGGCUCCAUUCUUUCUCAGUAUGUCGAUGACUUACUGGUUGGCGGCACAACGCCAGAGACGUGCUUAAACGCCACAAAAGCAGUGCUGGAAUGUUUGGCCAAUGCAGGGUACAAAGUCUCUAGGAGUAAGUUGCAAUGUUGUAGAACACGGGUAACUUUUCUGGGGAGAGUGGUCACACAGGGCUCAACAGGCAUGUCCGCCUCACACAGAUCUACAAUUCUGUCACACACUAAACCAAUUACGGUUAGGGAUAUGUUGACAUUUUUGGGCCUAGCUGGCUACAGCAGACAAUACAUUCCUGACUUUGUAGGACAAACGCAACCACUGAGGGACAUGGUGAAAUCCUUGGGCAUGAGAAACCUUAGUGGGGUACUUUCCUGGACAGUAGAAGCAGAGCAGGCUUUCAUUGCUGUAAAACAAGCUUUAGCGACUGCAGCUGACCUAUCUAGACCUGACUACUCUCUUCCAUUUUUUCUGGAUGUUUCUGAAACAGACACAUUGGUUAAUGGUGUACUUUUUCAGAAAAAGGAGGAAGGGAGAGCAGUACUUAUGUAUUUAAGCAUCCCACUUGACUUGAUUGAGAAAAGACAACCGCAAUGCACCAGACAUGUAGCAGGACUGACGAAGCUCGUUCAAAAAACUGCACACCUGGUAGCAGGAUACCCACUGCACAUACUAACAACACAUGGCGUGGUAGCAUAUAUAAACUCACAGAUGUUCACCCUCACUCCUCUAAGACAGAGACGAAUUCAUAAAGUUCUGACAGCACCACACAUCACAUACACACACCAAGGAGUCAACAUGGCAGAAGGAAUGCUAGAAGGUCCACCUCACGAGUGUGCAGAAAAGGUAGCAACACAGGAAAAAGUGAGACCAGACUUACUAGCCACACCAAUUCCAGGCUCCUGGAACCUGUGGACUGAUGGGUGCGGGUACAGAGCAGACACAGGUGAAAUAAGGGCAGGAUAUGCGGUGGUUCAAGAAACCACAGGGGAAACAGAUGAGUUCUGGACUGUAGCAGCAAAAGAGGUAAAACAAAACCCUUCAGCACAAAAAGCUGAGUUGCUAGCAGUAAUUGCAGCACUAGAACUAGCUGAGGGUAGAGAGGUGACUAUUUACAGCGAUUCUGCGUGGGUAGUUUCAGCAGCACAUGUAGACAUUCCACACUGGAAACAGGCAGGAUAUGUAACAAGCUCAGGGAAACCUGUAAAACAUCAGUCAGAACUGAUGAAGCUAGAAGCUGCAAUACACAAACCUACAAAGGUAGCUAUUGUAAAAUGCAAAGGACACCAAAAGGGGGACACCCUAGUGAGCAGAGGAAAUGAUGCAGCAGACAAAGCAGCAAAAAAGGCAGCUGGUUAUACGGAGCCCGGUAACAUGAUGAUAUUGGACUCAAAUGUCCCUUGGGAGCCGAUACCUACAGGGGAUGAACUGAGGCAGAUUCAGGAUAAAGCAACCCCAGAGGAAAAGUCAAUGUGGUUAGCCAAGGGAGCAAGCUCAGAUAGCCAAGUUUGGGUAUCGAAAACAGGGCGACCAGUCUUACCUAUGUCACUAGCCAGAGCAGUCCUAGAAGAGGCACACACUGUAGCACAUGUAGGAAAACUGCAAAUGAUGAGGAAUUUGAAACAAUGGUGGCACCCAUUUAUGCUGCCCCUGGCAGUAGAUUUCAUCAGUCAAUGCCAAGUUUGCCACACUCAAAAUGUAGCAAAAGCAUUUAAGGUAGCCCCAGGCAAGUUUCCACUGCCUAGUUGUCAUGGUGAGCACAUCCAGAUUGACUAUACGGAUAUGAUUGAUCAAAUCAGAAAAUACCGGUACCUCUUGGUAGUGGUAGACAGGUACUCAGGGUGGGUUGAGGCAAUUCCUACCUUUAAGGAGGAUGCUCGCUCAGUUUGCAAAAUGUUGAUCAACCACUGGAUUCCACAACACGGGUUUCCUAGGAGAGUCCACUCAGAUAACGGGUCGCAUUUUACCAGCAAAACACUGCAGUGGGUGGAGCAAGCGUUGGGCUUGCGCCAUAGCUAUGGUUCUGUAUAUCACCCCGCCUCACAGGGUCAGGUGGAGCGGAUGAAUCAAAAUUUGAAGGCCAAACUAGCAAAAAUUAAACUGACCACAGGCAUGAAUUGGCUUGAUGCCUUACCAAUUGCCCUGAUCAGCAUUAGGAGUUCAGUGAACAGAAGCACAGGCUUCUCCCCAUUUGAGCUGGUCAGAGGCGUAGCAUUCCCGGGGCCGCAGACUGCACUAAAAGCCCCAUCAGAACUACCUCAUGGCACUGCCAACCAAGGUUACGAUCAAGUGUUCAAUAAGUUAAAAGCUGUAUGUGAAGCUUUUUCUGUGCAGGUACAGAACACACGGGAGCAGACCCCAGAGGAGGACAACCCCCCCGAGUUGGCCAUAACUCCGUGGGUAUACCUGAGAGUCAUAAAGCGGAAGUGGUCGGAACCCAGGUGGACAGGCCCAUUCCGGGUGGCGGAGAGGACAAGCCACGCAGUCCGGCUGGACGGCAAAGGCACCUCCUGGUAUCAUCUCUCCCAGUGUCGGCCUGCUGAUCAACCACAAGUCAAGAUAACCCGAUCAGAAGAGGCAGAAAAGGAGGCCUCAACCAACAUAGGGGCAGAAUAAUCCCCUGA